GAAGUCAGCUGUGAGUCUAAUUGGAGAUCCUCUGAGAGUAAUCUGACGUUUCUCUCUUGCACAUUUUGGGAUCUUUUCUUUAUGUUUCACUGUAGUGAGUUUGAUUACAACGUGUCAUGUCAAGAAUCUCUUUUGGUCAUGUUUAUUAGGGGUUCUAUGAGCUUCCUGUACUAGGAUGUUUCUGUCCUUCUUCAAAUUCAGGAAGAUUUCUGCUAGUAUCUCACUAAAAAGGCCUUUCUCUUUCUCCAGGCCUUCAGGAACUCCUAGAACCUGAAUGUUGGGUUUUUUAAUAGUAUCCUGUAGAUUCCCAACAAUAUUUUUUAGAUUUCUAAUUUCCUCUUCUUUUCUUUGGUUUGACUGUAUGCUUUCCUGUGCUCUGUCUUCUAAGUCCGGUAUUCUCUCUUCUGCUUCACUGAUUCUGUUUGUAAGGCUCUCUAAUGUGUUUGGCAUUUGAUCUAUUGAAUUCUUCAUUUCAUUUUGAUUUCUCUUCACUAUCACAAUUUCAUGUUCUACUAAUUGCUUCAUUCAAUUAGAUUUUUCCUUAAGAUUUCAUUUUCAUGAGAGAGAAUUUCUACCCUGUCCAGUAAGGAUUUCCGUAGUUCAAGAAUUUGUUUUUGAGAACUUCUAAGUGUUCUUAUCAUAUAUUUUUGAAAAUUGAUAUGUUGCAUUUCUUCUAUCUCAUCACCUUUAUAAUCUUGGCUUGGGGUGUCCUGUUCAUUUGGGGGCAUCAUAAUGUCUUCUUUGUUCUUGUUUCCUCAGUUUCUGCAUUUGUUGCUUGACAUUAUGGAAUUAUUCUUUGGUUUGGUUUUCUUCUUCUUCUUCUUCUUUUUUUUUUUUUUUUUUUGCUGUUGAGGUUUUUCUUGUUAUACUAUGACUCGAUUAAGUGGACUUUCUGUUCUGCUUUUGAUGGAUCCUUAGAGGCUUGUGAUGGGUGUGGCCAGAGAGUGCUGUUUGAUUCUUCAGGGUUAAGGGUGACACACUCUGGUUAGGCAUAUUAAAUUUUUUUCUCUUUCUGUGUUUUUUUUUUAUUUUAUUUUUUUUUUAUUAAGAAGGGAAGUAAUUCCACACAGCUGAGUGGAAUUGAAGGCAGUCAGUGUCUGAGCUCUGGCCCCUGUGGGUAUAAUAUUCAUCUGCUCUGUCCCAAGGACCACACAAAGGAUCUGUGCAGUCCUCAGUGAAAGCUCAAAUUCCCCUGAAGUCUUCCACCAGGUUGCCAAGGUUACCAAGUUUGCGGCGUCUCCCAGGAGUACUCACAUCUCAGGCACUCCAUGAGUUCUCUCACAUACCCUCAGUUUUUUUUUUUUUUCACAGUCACAGUUCAUAAGCUCCCACACAUCACUAGGUCCUAACCUCCUUUUAUUUCUCCCACCAGAGUCAAGUUUUUCUACUUGGCUGAGGGCGGGUGCAGCCCUGAGGUGACACAGCUCUUACAUAUGUCCAAAAUGGUGCCUGCUCUUUGUCUUGCUCACCUUUGUAAGGUGAUGACAGCAUUUGAAGACCUCGCUGUGUACUUUACAUGGGAUGAAUGGCAGAAAAUGAACAAUGCUCAGAAAAUCCUGUACAGAGAUGUGAUGCUGGAGACCUACAGCAGCCUGUUCUCGUUGGGGCACUGCAUUACCAAACCUGACUUGAUCUUCAAGUUGGAGCGGGGAGAAGAGCCAUGGAUGGUGGACGAAUGCUUGAAUCAGAGCCUUUCAGCGGUUAUGAAAAGGGAUGACCUGCGUAGGAUCAACCAGGAAAGUCAGGACACAAAUCUGAAUCAGGAUUUUAUGAAAAAUAACAAGACAUCAGCUCUCAAGAGAAUUGAAUUAAGAAAAACUCUUAGUUUAAAUUCAAGCCAUAUUCCAACACUGAUUAUUAAAAAGGGAACAAAUACAGGAUUGAAGCCUGAGGAAUGCAGUAAAUGUCACACUGUAUUUCCCCCCAGUGGCCCUGAUCAACUACAGGCUGGAGAAAAAUUUGAUAACACUAAGAUACCUGGAAAAUCUCUGCAGUUCUGUGAGCCUCUUAGUCAGCAUGACAAUAUUCAUAUCAUGAAGCAGCCAUUUGAACCCACUGGACAAGCAAAAGUCUUCAUAAGAAAGAUGUUCUGUAAAUCUGAGAGGAUUCAUAUGGCAGAAAACUGUAAUAAAUCAACUGUCACUUUUGGAAAAGCAACUCAAAUAGAAAAGCUAUCCAUGAAAAUUCUAGCCUCAAUAUGCAUCAACAAACUCACACAAGAAAGAAAUUUUAUAAGUACAUUAUGUAUGUUGAACCUGUCAUUCACCAGUCACAUCCUGCAAUAAACCAGAGACUAAAUACAAGGAA